AAAAGGCGACACUUCUGGCAAAUUUUCAGGAACGAAGAAUUAGAUCAUAUAGUCACGAAAAUUGAUGCAGUGCCACUUCAUGGACCAAUCAGUAUUGUGCAAACAGAUUGGUUAUAUGAA